CAAACACAAACACAGUCGAUCGAUCCAUAAUCCUUCUUCUCUGUCAUAACCAUGGCGCAAACAGGUGGCGCUGGGAGCCCAUCAUGGGCGGAGCUCCUGGGAUCCAACCACUGGUCCGGCCUUCUCGACCCCCUCGACGACACCCUCCGCAACCUUCUCCUUAUGUGGGGUGACAUGUGCCAGGUCACCAGCGAUUCCUUCAUCAGCGACAACAACUCCCAGUAUCACGGCCGCUGUCGCUACUCCAAGAACAGCCUUCUCGACAAAACCUUCUUCCCCAGUGCUGCCAACUACGCGGUGGUGGAGUACCUGUACGCCCUGUCAACGUUUCUCUUUGUGCUGAAGGAAUCCAACUGGAUGGGCUACGUUGCGGUCUCCAGCAACGCGCAUGCCGAGGCCAUCGGCCGCCGCGACAUCUACAUUGUAUGGCGCGGCACCAGCCGAAUAAUGGAGGCUUUCGAGGAUAUCACCAUUCCUCUCGUGCCAUUCGACCAAGACAACAGCGAUGUGAAGGUCAUGCUCGGCUGGCGCGACAUCUACAACUCGAGCGAUCCCAACUUCGACUUCAACAAAAAGAGUGCACGAGAGCAGCUGCUUGAAAUAGUAAAAGAGCUAGUCGGGAAAUACAAAGACGAGAACCUGAGCAUAGUUUGUGUUGGCCACAGCUUGGGAGGCGCCCUCGCCAUCUUAAGCGCUUAUGACAUAGUGAAACAUGGGCUGUCUAAGAUUGGGGAGACGAAGGAGUACUUCCCAGUAUGCGCCAUGGUGUUUGAAUCCCCUCGAGUGGGGAAUCAGGCUUUCCGUGACAGCUGGGAGCAGCAGCCCAACCUAAGAUUACUACGUGUCAAGAACAAGGGAGACCCUGUUCCUGACCUGCCACACCUAGUGCUGGGCUAUGUUGACGUUGGCACAGUUCUGGAUGUAGCUUCGGAGCAAUCAAGGCUCUUGAAGAAUGGGGGGGGCAAGCAUAACCUGCAAGUGAUCCUGCACACUGUGGCCGGGUGGGAGGGGGCUGGCGGCGGCUUCGACCCGACCAGAGUGAAGAGGAGCCCUGCGCUGGUGAACAAGGACGGGGACGAUUUGGUGGCCGAGUUUAAAAUACCGUCGUCGUGGUGGGUGGAGAAGAACAAAGGAUUGGUGCUCGGUAAGGAUGGCGACUGGGUGGAGGCGCCGCCUGGGAUGUGAAUGUGCACGUGUCGCCGAUGCUGCGUACUGUAAUUACGCACGUAUCGUCGUCUGCUUCAGCCCACCGCAUGUGAAUGUCAGGCGUGCAUACUAUAGCAGUCAAGUGGCUCGUGGGUCAUCCCCACCGUAAAAUAAAUGCACGCUGCUAAAUUAUUUAAUAACCGAUGAAGUAAAAAUGGAUGAUAAUAUAUUUUAUAUAAAAAUAGGUGCAUGGAUAGAUGGCACCCAUAUUAUCUACUA